AAAGUGUCAAUACUCGGGAAAAAUUUUCCCAACUUUUCUCGAGAAAAAUAAAACCAAAAUUACAAACAGAAAACCCUAAUUUCCGAAAUGAAGUGUGGUAGCGGUCCUCAUUCCUCAUCCUAACGCCGUCUCUGCAUCUCCCGGUGAUCAUAUGCAGUGGGAAUUGGCAAUCUGACCGGCGAGAGAGCUCCACCACUUCAGAGACCGCUACUUCCUCCCUCCAUUGACCAGGGUAAUGAAUUUUUUCCAGUGAAAAGAUUGGAAGUCACCACCAAUCUAUAUGAAUAUGCACUUUACUUUCGUUUUCGCAGAAUGGAAACACGCAAUUGUGACCUAUUUUGAGUUACACUCCUGAGUUAGAGAUGGAUCACUACAACCUGCAUAGACAGAGAAGGGAUUUGAAGCACAAAGGAAGAAAUGUUGGAAGAAACGUUGUAUGGUCACUUGCAAUGGAUAAGUGUUUAAUUGAUUGCCUUGCUAUUCAAGCUAGACAUGGAAACAAAAUUGACAAGAGCUUUAAUGAACAUGCUUACACUGCUGCUUGUAUUGCUGUGAACUCUCGUUUCAACUUGAAUUUAAACAAUCAAAAAGUCAUUAAUCGUCUUAAGACCAUAAAGAAGAGGUAUAAGGCAAUGAAGGAUAUCCUGAAUCAAGAUGGGUUCAGGUGGAAUCCCACUACAAAGAUGAUCGAGUGUGACAAUGAAGAACUUUGGAAGAGAUACAUUGCAGCACAUCCUGAUGCAAAAGGGUCUCGAGGAAAGCCGAUAGAGAUGUAUGAUGAACUCAAAAUUGUUUGUGGAAACUAUCAAGUCCCUAGUCGCUGGGCUAAGAUGAAGGAUGGAGGCCAUCCAAGUGAGAUGAAGAAUUUUGAAGAUGAUUCUGCCUCAUUUCUUUCUCCAAGCUCAGAUGACCUAAGUGAGACAGAUGGAACCGAGUCAUAUAGUGGACCAGAAGAAGAAUUUACCAAGUUGCCAGAUGGUAGUCAAGAACCCCCUCUGGUCCAGCCAAUUAGACAACUUCCAAAACGCCCUCGCGACUCAGAAGCCCUUCAGGAUGCACUGAUGACUGUGGCAUCAAGCAUUCGUUGCUUGGCUGAUGCAAUGGAGCAAAGCAAAUACUCUAUUGAUGCCUCUCAACUACUACAGGCUGUGAUGGAGAUUGAUGGUUUGGAAGAGGCUAAACAGAUGUAUGCAUUUGAGUAUUUAAAUGCUGACCCUGUCAAAGCUCGAGCUUUCAUGACAUACGAUGCUCGGAUGAGAAAAAUAUACUUGUUUAGACAGUUCUGGUGGUGGAAGUAACUGUCAAUCCCAAUUUUAGGGUCCUUAGGGUGUAUAGUUCUCAAGCUUACAAGAAGACUUGUGUUUGUCGGGUUUCCGAAGGUGCAUGUACAGAUACAAGAUAUCUGCAGGUUCAAUAUCAUAUAUUGUUUGCAAGAGUCAUUUUCACCUUGUUUGCUGCAUCUUUUGAAAGUUAAAGAUUGCAGUCACCGUUUAUCUGAUGUUUCUUGUAAACCCGAAAUCGCAGUUGUAGUUUUUUCACCCGUUUUCCCCUUAUUCAGCUCUGCCAUGUGUUCAUUGCGUCCGCCAAUACCGUCCCCUCCCCUCUCUAAAAUCUGUGUAUUUUUCACUUGCAUUUUGUUGAUUUGGGUGGUGAAGUGAGAAAAGCUAGUUGUA